UAUCCAAGAAAAGAGAAGAUUAUGUGUUUCAACCGUGUUCCGUUGUUCAGGUAUUCUAUUGUCUUGGAAGACGAGAACUGAGGCCAAGUAACAGACCUCGAGCGUGUACCACAUUUUAGUCCUGUGGGACAAUGUUCAGGGCUCAAAUUGACUUGUUGCUUGGUCAGUAACCACAUGUGUGACCUCCAGGCUUUCAUAGGCCUCCAGCCUACCACGGAACCCAUGUACGGAACCUAUGGUAUGUUUGAAGUCUGUCGUCGCGUUCACCAUAGUGGGUGGGAUGGGCAUCUUUACCUGGAAUUAGUAAAGCCAAGCUGCAAAGAAGCUUGAAUUUGCUCUCACCUGGAAGAGUAAAUAUCUUCAAUCUUGUCUUUACACUGGAAGGAAUAUACGCAAAGUGCUAAGACUCGAGUGUCAUCAAGCUGAAGUUCAUGGCCAAAUAUCAAGUCCAAGUUGUGUCAGUGCCAGUUGUGUCUUGUGUCAGUUCAAGGAUGUUACAUUCAGAAAAAAAUAAAUAACAUUAACAUCUAUGAGCUCAUCUCAACAUUCCAAAUUCUUUGCAUAAGGUCCAAACUAGUACUGUAUGUUUAAAUUUGCUUCACUUGACCAGUCAUGCACAGAAUUAUAACUCGCUGUACAGUAGUACAAGUUGCCUACUCAUUAGCAGUACUGACAAUAAGGUAUCAAAUCUAGUCAAAUUAACCCUUGCAUGAUAAUAAGUGUCGGUUAAAAUAAAGUUAUAUUGUUCAUUUUCUAAUAAAAUUUGAAGUUGAAAGAUCUACUUUGGUACUAAUUAGAAAAUAGCUUUAUUGUUAUAGAAUGUACAUACUGUAUAUAUUAAUACUGUAUAAAUUAUAUAUAAUGUCUGCCUUAUUAAAAGAAAAUUUACAAAUAUAAAAUAUGUAUAAUUUUUUAUUAAAGUUAUAGAAAUCCUAGCUUUCAUGCAGGACUAAAUACAUUUCAGGGUUUUGUCUAAAAAUAGUGUUAAUUUUUUAAUGGUUUUCCAUUUGGAAAAAAUACCAGUAAUUAGCGAGUAAAAUAAAUUUUAGAACACAUAAGAUUUUGGUGAUAGUAUAAGAAAGCUUUAAUAAUACACAUGGUAGUUCAGAGAAAAGAAAUUCAAUGUUCUUUGUAAAAAUGUUCAAAAAUGUCUGCGUUUGAAGCAAAUAUAAAGGUAACCAUGGAACAGAGGCAAUAUCAAUGUGAAGUGUGUCAGAAAUGUUUUUCAUUUAGUUCUAAUCUAUCAAAACACAAGAGAGUUCACACAGGUGAGAAGCCAUUUCAAUGUACGGUGUGUCUAAAAUGUUUUGCAGUAAAAGGUAACCUCACACAUCACAUGAUAAGUCAUACUGCAGAAAAACCAUAUAAAUGUCCCGUGUGUUUUAAAGACUUCAAAUAUAAUUCUUAUCUCAAAAAACAUAAUAGAGUUCAUACACAGGAGAAGCCUUAUCAGUGUUCAAUGUGUCUAAAACAUUUCAGUGAUAUAUCUGGUGUAAAAAGACAUCAGAGAAUUCACACAGGAGAGAAACCAUACAAGUGUUCGGUGUGUCAAAAAGGGUUCAAGCAAACUGGCUCCUUGACAACGCACAUGAGAACUCAUACUGGAGAGAAACCAUAUCAUUGUUCAGUCUGUCAAAAAUGUUUUACUGUAAAUUCUGCUCUUGUUAAGCACAUGCUAAUACAUACAGGUGAGAAACCUUUUGAGUGUUCAGAGUGCUGGAAAGCCUUUAAACAACGAGACUCUUUAGUUAAACACAUGACAGCUCAUACAGGAGAAAAACCAUUUAGGUGUUCAGUAUGUUUGAGAUGCUUUCCAAUAAAAGAAAACUUAAUUAAACAUUUAAAAAGUCACACAGGAGAAAAAUCAUUUAAUUGUUUGGUAUGUUCAAAACGCUUUGCAAGAAAUUCUGCUUUAGCUCGUCACAUAAAAAUUCAUAGCAAAAAAUAUCCAUAUCAGUGUUCUAAGUGCUUGAAGGGUUUUUUUAAUGAAACUAAUCUAGUAAACCAUUUGCAAAGCCAUAUACAAGGAAAAAUCCAUAGUAAUAUUCAAUACCUAAAGGACUUCAGAAAAAUCUCGAGUAGUUGAGUUCAGUACCAGCAAGAAAAUUUCAAUGUAAUUUUUUUUUCCCCCAGAUGUAAUAGUUAAAUCAUACCUAUGAUAGCCCAGAAAGGGCUCAUAUAAAGAAUAAAAUGCCCAAUUAAU